AAGGCAAGGCUCUGAGAUGACAACAGUCACAUUUGUCUUCUUAACACUGUUCACUUGGAUGGUGUCAUCUGGCACAUGGCUCAGACUGGAUCGGCGCACUGAGCUCAGUCACUAUGAUGAAGAGACCAAGAGCUGCAGCUCAAGUGCAUCAUUUAAAAAUGCUGUUAUUCAUGACAAAACAAAACUGACACUGACACAUGAGAGAUCUCCUACAACGAGUCUCACCUCAGAGAUGAAUUUCACACAGGACAGGAUCAAAAAAGACAGUGUUCUCUUUCCUGGUGUGACUUUGAACUGCAUGAUCUUGACUGGCUGUGUGAAUCUGUUGCAAACACUGAAGCAAAACGGACAUGUCUGCAAGAGUAAAUGUCAACAGUUGUUGCCAUAUUUUUUGUCUAAGACAAGAUAUGUACUAUUUACCAUAGAGACACAGGCUAAUAAUGACAGCACACAUUUGAAUCACAGAAGUAUCUGUCCUUCAUCUGUUGUCCCAAGAUAUGUGGCACAGUGCUCCCAUAUCACUAUCUUUGUUCAAGUGGACUUCUGGAAAACACUUGAUUGUAUCUUCUGUAAGGCGUGCAGCCUUGAGGGCAAAAUCCUGCAAGGCUUUUUGUACAGAGAACUCAGACCUGCAUUUCCAGAACUCCUUGUCUUCAUUCUGUCUGAGAGCCAAACAAGCCUGAUGUCCUCAGAACAAUCAAAGAAGGCAUAUGUCAGGAUCUGCUAUGUGCAGAUGGCAUCAAAGAUCUCUGCACGACAUUGUCUAAAAGAAGCAUUUCAAACACAAGCAGAGGGAAUCAAAUUUACUGUUUACACAGGCAGGGUGGAGACUGUGUGCCCUGCAGACACCAGAACAUGGGUUGCAAAAUAUUUUUUGGCAGCUGUAUUACUACUUGGAAUCUACAUAACAAGAAAACAAAUAUCACCAAACAGAGUCAGUCCUGCUCAUGGCAGUAACUCCACAAUGGUGAUACUUUUUACCAUGACAUUACGCUGUUUUUCACCAUUGGUCACCAUCCACCAGCGCUCUGAGUGGUCUCGGAUAGCUUCCAGGAUUUCUUUUGUCGUCUGCCUCUCCUUUGCUCUUGGGAGAACUGUGCACGUGUUAGUAGCCUGCAGAGCUUCUCAUACCGUCAUAAAACUGUUUUGUCCCAUGCAGCAGCAAUUAAGGGCUCUGCACAUUACUGUGUUGUUUAUCUGGUUGACUUUCAUCUCUCCUAUUUCAAAUAAGAAUAUCAAACAGUGGUUUGAAGAUGAACUUGCGGAGGGUAAUGUGGGAUCAACACAAAGAUCCUGGGCUGUGUUAGAGCAGAUACUGCCUACUUUGUACUGUGUGUUGGUCUCACUUCCCAGUUUGCUUCAAUCCAUGCUAACUAAACUGAAUUUGCUGAGUGUCCUCUUACAUCUGCAACUGGUAGCCUGUCUACAAAAUUCAAGGGUACCAAGAAAAUAUAUACUGGUUAUUAAGAUCAACAGAGUAAUUUGAAAAAAAUGUAUAUAUAUAUAUAUAUUAUUUAGCCUGCUAUACUGUAUCUAAAUUUAAAUAUGAUGUAAUAAUGCAUAAUCUAAAAUUGAACCUAUAAUGCAAACAAAGCAACAACAAAAAUGCCAUGACGUGUGCCAGUCCCAUAAACAUCCUUAGCAGCUGAUGGUGCUCUUGGUGAAUAUUUAUUUUUUAUUAUUAUUAUUUUUUUUUUAAUCUAACACAAGA